AUGUUUAAAGGUACUGCUCAGGAGCGGCAGGAGCUCUUGAAAUCCUUUGUGCAGAGCGGUUGCAACCUGGACGCCGUAAACAGCCAAUUUGAGACUGUGAGGAAGCGGCAGGACACGCUUCACUCCAGGCGUCGCAUGCUGACUGUCCGGCAGAUGCGGGAGCUGAAUUUUUCAGAGCCAAAGAUUCAGGGCUGUGUUGCUCGCGGUGGGGUGCCGGACCCUGAUGCGCCCAACUGCAGGGAGAGCACACGUUACUGGGCCUAUGUGGAAGGUGAAGAAGAGCAGGUUGAUUCAACUUCUGCUACCACCACUGUCUCGGCUGUUCUCAGACCUCAAGAUGCGUUGCAAGCCUUUGGGGUGAACAACUCUCCCAUGGCAACUGUGCAUGUUCCGGGCCCAGCGGCCCUUGCGAGGCAAGCCAUUGGAAUGCCUGUAGAGACACCUGCCGCCCCUGCAGUGCCAGCACCUCCGGUUCCACGCGCCAAAGCAAAGGCAAAGGCAAAGACCAAGCCUGGCAUGCUUCCCAAUCCCCUCAGUGGGGUUCAGCUUGCCGGUAAAACGGUGGCAGAGAAGGUUGCCAUGGCCAGCCUCAGUCUUAGGGCCGAAGUGAAGAAGGAACUCACCGCGCUGGGUUCGCUGAAGUUGGAUCUCGGUGACAUCGCGCGCUUUAAGAGCGGGAUCUUGGAGUUGGACUCCUUCAAUGUGGCCCUCACCGGCCAUUUCAAGAGGCAGCAUGCUGCGCUUGUUCUAUCUUGCUGGGGAUGCCUGUGCUGUAAAUGUGGUUCAGGCUGGCGGAAGUCAAAGAUGAGACCAGCUUCAGCUCUCUCAUCACUGAUGUGUCCACCAAGGCCUGUUGAUUUUGUGGCCUGUUCCAUUGCAUCUGACAGAAGUUGCAGGUGGCAGACAGUCGCUUCAAGCGAGCCGAGCUGUCAGCAGUUCUGA